UUCCAUAGGAUGAUAGUCAUCGUUAAUUUUUCUGCUAAAUUUUUUAUGAAAUAAAUAUUGUCACCAAAUUGCAUUACCUCAUCAUGCAAUUAGUCACAAUAGAAGUAUAUUUAAUCUAUUUUUGUCGUUGCAAUAUUAUUAAAUGAUGAAAUGUAUUUUUUUCUUUGGUCAAAUAUUCUGCUGCAUGUUGAAGAUGACAUCUACAUGCAUCAACAUUGAACGAUGGCUGACGAUGGCGCACUGGGCGCAUCGACAUAGGACAUGUCAAAAAUUUUGUGAUGGCGUCGAUGUUAAAGGAUUGGGGCCAAUUCACAUUCGAAGAUAAAUGGCCCUGCAUGCGUCCUAUUAUAUUAAAAUUGCUGAAACAAGAACCAGUGACACAAGGCGAAUGGCAGGAUCUAUUUUUUUCAGUUCAUCUUGUGUGUUUGGAGAACGAAAAAGGUCCACCCAAACUGCGAGAUGCACUCAAAGAAGAUAUAAUGGAUUUUAUAAAACAGGCUCAACAGAGAGUACUGGCACACCAAGAGGAGCAGGCAUUAUUGAAAGCUUACAUAGCUGAAUGGGGAAAAUUUUUUACACAGUGUAAUUAUCUACCCACCCCAUUUAGACAAUUAGAAACAUCCCUUGCAGGGAAAACAAGUUCAACUCCUCAGAAAAGAAAUCAGCCUGAUGAGAGUAUAGUCAGAAAAUUAAUGCUAGAUAGUUGGAAUCAAAGUAUAUUCGGUGAAAUCAAACAAAGACUACAAGAUUCUGCAAUGCGAUUAGUACGAGCUGAAAGAAAUGGAGAAGCUUUUGAUUCUCAACUGGUAAUUGGUGUGAGAGAAUCUUAUGUGAAUCUAUGUUCGAACACAACUGACAAGCUCCAGAUAUAUAGAGAAAACUUCGAAGCAGCAUAUAUUGAAGCUACAGAGGCAUUUUAUUGGGUAAAGGCGCCAGAACAAUUGUCCUUACAUGGAGUGGAAAAUUAUAUGCGUUAUGCUGAAGCAAAGUUAAGAGAAGAAGAACUGCGUGCACAAAAAUAUCUAGAACCAAAUAGCGCAAGUGUACAAUUAUUAACUGAAUGUUGCGUGCGAGUACUAGUAGCUACCUUUAAGCCAGCUAUAUUGGCAGAAUGCCCACGAAUGAUACAACAUCAUCAAACGGACAAGCUGCGGUUAAUGUUGAAAUUGAUGGACCGUGUGCCAGAAGGUGUUGGACCUAUGUUAAGAGACUUGGAAGAGCAUAUAGCAAAUGCAGGACUGGCUGAUAUGAUGGCUGCUGUAGACGUAAUCACUCAAGAUUCUGAAAAAUAUGUUGAGAGAUUAUUGGACUUGUUUCGUCGAUUUUCGACACUCGUGAAAGAAGCCUUUGACGACGACCCACGUUUCCUCACGGCACGAGAUAAGGCUUACAAAUUAGUGGUUAACGAUGCCACGGUAUUCAGAUUAGAAUUACCACCUAGACAGGGUGCAGGAGUUGGCACAGCUGUUGUUAACAGUAAACCGAACAAUAAUAAUAAUGGCCAGCCAGAAUCUAAAUGUCCUGAACUUUUGGCUAAUUACUGUGAUAUGCUUUUGAGAAAAACUCCUCUAAGCAAAAAACUUACAUCUGAUGAAAUUGAGAGCAAAUUAAGGGAUGUGCUACUAGUAUUAAAAUACGUUCAGAAUAAGGACGUAUUUAUGCGGUAUCACAAGGCCCACCUAACUCGACGUCUUAUUUUGGAUACAUCAGCAGAUUCAGAAAAAGAAGAAAAUAUGGUAGAAUGGCUUCGAGAAGUUGGAAUGCCUGCGGAUUAUGUUAAUAAGUUGGCGCGUAUGUUUCAAGAUAUUAAAGUCUCUCAGGAUCUUAAUCAACAAUUUAAGGAGCAAUGUCGAGCAGCCAUUGCUGAUAGCAUUAAUAUCAAAAUACUGAAUGCGGGAGCUUGGGCAAGAGGUAGCGAACGUGUUACUGUCAGUUUACCACUUCAAUUGGAAGACUACAUUCCCGAAGUGGAAGAUUUUUACAAGAAGAAGCAUAGCGGUCGUAAAUUACAAUGGUAUCAUCACAUGUCUAACGGAACGAUAACAUUUUCGAACCAAGUGGGUCGAUUUGACGUGGAUGUAACAACCUUCCAAAUGGCUGUACUUUUUGCUUGGAAUCAACGGCCGAUGGAAAAAAUAUCUUAUGAGAAUCUCCGAUUGGCUACUGAAUUACCAGAUCCAGAAUUAAGACGCACGUUAUGCUCACUGUGCGCUUUUCCAAAACUCAAACGACAAUUAUUACUUGUAGAUCCACCAGCUCACAGUCCAAAGGACUUUGCACACGAUUCCCGAUUUUGGGUAAAUCAGGAAUUUGCCAUUGUGAAAAAUGGCAAACUGCAAAAGCGAGGAAAAAUUAAUCUAAUUGGUCGCUUGCAGCUCUCUACGGAACGUAGUAAGGAAGAAGAUAAUCAAUCAAUCGUCCAACUCAGAAUACUACGUGUACAGGAGGCCAUCAUAAAGAUAUUGAAGAUGCGCAAGAAGAUAAACAAUGCGCAGCUGCAAACAGAAUUAGUAGACAUAUUGAAGAAUAUGUUUUUACCCAGUAAAAAAAUGAUUAAAGAGCAAAUCGAAUGGCUUAUCGAGCACAAAUAUAUUCGAAGACACGACGAAGACAUCAACACGUUCGUUUACAUGGCGUAACCUUUGAUGAUGGCUACUCGUGAAAUCAUUCGGACUUCUAUGGCUGAUACUAUAUUUUUAUAGAACUUGAGUUUCUCCCUGUGCGGAAGCGUAUGCUCAAGCAGAUUAAAGGAAACAGGUUUACUUACCUGCCAUUCAUUGACAGCUUCAAAUCAAUGGAAUAGACAUUACUUUUAAUAAAUGAUCGAACAGAAAGGAAAUGAACAAGAACAUGUUGACUCAAAAGAUCAUAUCACUUUAUAAGGACUAUCCUGCAAAUUCAUAACGGAUAAUUAGAUCGAAGAAAGGAUAUAUACGUGCAGUAGAAACUCUAAAAAUUUGUCAGCAUUAACGAAGAUCGUUUUAAAUAAUGGUGAUCUCAUUAUUGUGACCGAUUCUUUAUUACGUAGAACACAUAAAUAGUUAUGACUAAGUUCAAUUUCCCGAAGCAAAUUGUUUGUAUUUGAAAUGCUUUGGUGAUUCAAAAAGGAAAAAAAAAAACAGGAAAUUUCAAUGAAAAUAGGGAUACCGACUCAUCUUGCAAUGUAAUACUUUAUGCCACCUUUUUUCUCCGAAUUAACAUUCCUUAUAAUCCCAACUGCAAAAUCAGCUCGUCAGCUCGCGGAUUCUGGGUCUCCGACAAGUCCUUGUAUACAUUAUGUACGGCCUAUAAAUUUUGCGCAUAAAUAUACGUAACAUUUAAUUAGUGAACUGGAGCGUACGCUAGGCAAUAAGGAAAUAAUUUGCUAGAAUUUUAAGUUUGAGGAAAAACACAAUUUGUUAAAGUGUUACAUCUACGUAAACUAGUGUCGAUAAAGUCUAACUUGUUGUAUAAAGCCUUUAUAAUAUUUGAAUGAAUUUAAGAGUGUAAGAAUACAAGUAACUCGCAUUGCAUUAAAAAUCUGAAUUUUCCAGAAAAAUACUACUUUAAAAA